AUGUCGGACGACGAUGAUUUCAUGCAAGAGUCCGGUGACGAGGACUAUGACUUCGAAUACGAGGAUGCCGACGACGAUGAAUCUGCGGAUGUCGGUAUCGAGAACAAAUACUACAAUGCCAAGCAGAUGAAGGCAGACAACCCAGAAGAGGCCAUCGAUGAGUUCCUGGGGGUGCCAGCUCUCGAGGAAGAGAAAGGAGAAUGGGGAUUCAAAGGGUUAAAACAGGCUAUAAAACUAGAAUUCAAGCUCGGGAGAUAUAGUGAUGCCAUCGAACACUACCGGGAGCUCCUCACCUACGUCAAGUCCGCUGUGACACGAAACUACUCUGAGAAAUCGAUCAACAACAUGCUAGACUACAUUGAGAAGGGCUCCGACGAUGAGAAAGCCUACCACUGCAUGGAAGAAUUCUACCGACUCACCCUGAACUCCUUUCAAAGCACAAAUAACGAACGGCUGUGGCUGAAGACAAAUAUCAAACUGGCCCGACUUUGGUUGGACCGCAAGGAGUACGGUCAGUUAAGCAAGAAGCUCCGGGAGCUACAUCGUGCAUGCCAGCGGGAGGAUGGGACCGAUGAUCCUAGCAAGGGUACCUAUUCCCUCGAGGUUUAUGCGCUGGAGAUACAGAUGUAUGCAGAGACAAAGAACAAUAAGCGACUUAAGGCGCUAUAUCAGCGAGCUCUGCGGGUCCGAUCUGCUGUACCACAUCCCAAGAUCAUGGGUAUCAUCCGCGAAUGUGGCGGCAAGAUGCAUAUGAGCGAGGAGAACUGGGAGCAGGCACAGAGCGACUUCUUCGAGUCAUUCCGCAACUAUGACGAGGCUGGUUCGAUGCAGCGCAUCCAGGUGCUGAAGUACCUUGUCUUGACCACCAUGUUGAUGAAAUCCGAUAUCAACCCGUUCGAUUCGCAGGAGACGAAGCCAUACCGGAACGACCCCCGCAUUUCAGCCAUGACCGACCUCGUUGAUGCCUUUCAAAGGGACGAUAUCCACACGUACGAAGCAAUCCUGAGCAAGAACCAGGAUCUGCUCGCGGAUCCGUUCAUUGCUGAAAACAUCGACGAAGUCAGUCGGAAUAUGCGCACUAAGGCUGUUCUUAAACUCAUCGCUCCAUACACACGGUUCAACAUGGUGUUCAUCUCCAAGCAGAUCAAGAUCUCCGUGUCUGAAGUGCAGGAGAUUUUAAGCUUCCUCAUCAUGGACCGGAAACUGAAUGCAAAGAUCGACCAGGAGAAUGGAACAGUGGUAGUGGAGAGUCUAAGCGACGUGGAGCGGCUCCGAUCCCUCCAGGAAUGGUCAUCAUCCCUGGAAGCCCUGUGGCGUACGGUGCUCAAAGACGGCGAAGGGUUCAAGGCGGAAGACAGCUCCCAGAUCCUUGGUGCACCUCCUAGCGCGAUGCUACCUUCAGACACGACGGACAGCUUGCACGCAGCCAGCGCCAAGCUCCGGAGUGGAUGGAAGGGGAAAUCCAGCAUGGGAAAAGCAUUUUGA